AUGCCAGACAGGAGAGGCGCGACCCUGUUCGAGGACCUGCCCGAGGAGAUCAUCAACAAAAUACUCGUCCUGUUGGCGUCCAAGGACGUCGGCCGCUGUCGAGUUGUGAACGCUUCAUGGUGCAGUGCCACAUCCACGCCUGAAUUCAUGCUCGAACACCACCGCCGCCAGCCGUCGCUCCCCAUUGUCGAUGGGUGUGGAAAGCCUGCCAAUCAUGUCGUCUUGGGCGACGCCGGUGCUGGUGCUUCCAAUCAACAGCUUUGGCCUUUCCUCUCAGGCUCCAAACACCGUUCCAGGAAUGAGCCCAUAGCCGUCUGUGAUGGCUUCCUUAUCGUUUCUUGGGGAUAUGAAUUCUACAUCUGCAAUCCGGUUACCCGCAAGCAUGCUCUCUUACCGCAGCCUCAAGUUGGGCAAGGCAUCGACAAUACCAUGGUUGGUUUCUACCAGCACCAUCCAACUGGAGAAUACAGGGUUCUCUGGGUCUCACGGUCACAUCAGACGUCUGAAUCCAGCUUAUAUGUCCUCACAGUGGGAUCCGACAGGCCAAGGCGCAUCAGCGUCAGAAUGCCAACAGUCUUGUCGUCUUCCGCAGAAGAGGAGUUAUGGAACAAGCUGAUCUAUUCAUACUGUUCAUCACCUGUACACCACCGUGACAGCCUCCACUGGUAUCCUUAUGGCACCAGUGACAUUGCAGGAGGCGGUGGAGAUAUCAUUGUGUUUGACACAGAAGCAGAGUCAUUCCGGUGGAUGCGCAGUCCCAACCAGCCGUGCAAUCAUAGUAAGUUGUUCGACAUGGAGGAAACACUUGCUUUCUGGGGCCGCUCAGUUUCUAACACUUCUAUGGAUGUCUGGGAGAUGCAGGAUUACGAGGCUGAAAUCUGGGCUUUCAGGUACAGGAUUGAUGUAUCAACGGUGGAGGCAUCAAGACAACUUUAUUUAACUUCUUUCAAAAAGAAAAAGACAAGACCACUUGAUUCUGCCGUGCGGUUGUUUAAUGAUAUGGCUGUGCUAAACGAGCGUGAGCUGCUGGUCAGGUUUAACCACCAACAUGUGUUGCGUUGUGAUAUUGAUGGCAAAUUCUUAGGUAUUGUGAACAUCGGAAAAAGUCAGUAUCGCAUGUGGCUUACCCCCCACCGCCUCAAAGAGAGCAUUGUUCCAAUUCCAGGCCAUGAGAUGCAAGAAGAUGAGGAGCCUCCAUUCUCCACAGGGCAUGUCUGA